AUGGAGCAGAGAGAAGAAAUGUUUUAUGUCGGAAGACAAUUUGAUAGUUAUGAGGCUUGGAACGAUGUAUUCGAGGAUUACAAAAAAAAAAAUAAACUUGUAUAUAUAAUUAGAAGCAGUCAUCCUUUGAAAACAAGUUCGAAGAUCCCACAAUCCAUUGUUGAUACUUUUAAGUAUUCAGAUGUAACAUUUCAAUGUAAAUUUGGUCCACGUCGUGAAUCAACAGCCACAAUCCGUCAGACAAGUACCUGCAAGAUGAAUUGCCACAGUUACAUCAAAAUUUCAUUGAAAGGCACGAAAUAUUUAGAGAUAAUUGGAUUCGAUUUACAACACAAAAAUCACGAGGAAUCUGCACGAUUCUAUGAAUGUAUUCCGGAGAAUAAUAAAUUGACGCCAGAUCAAGAAACGAUGAUAAAAAACUCGUUAAAAUUAAGUGCUGACAAAAAAAGAGUACAAGAUAUGAUUAAAAAUCAGUAUCAAAAAAUUGUUCCAUUAAAAAAGUUGCAUAAUAUGAAGAGUAAAAUUACCAAUUCAGAAAAUAAUAACGAUUUGCAAUCAGUAGUCCAACUUCUUAGGGAAACGUACCAAGCCGAUGUUAAUGUUUACAACGAUGCUGAAACAUCUACCUGUAAGGGUAUAUUUUUUUCAACUCAAGACAUGAGAUCCGAUCUCAGCAAAUGGCCGGAAAUAGUGUUCCUCGACGGCACUUACAAACUUACUAAUAACGACAUGACCUUCAUGGUUUUCCUUGUCGAAGAUGGAAACGGUCGGGGGCAAAUUGCUGGAGCAGCUUUAUUAUCAACAGAGGAACGAGAUGUCCUUGAAUGGAUGCUGAACGCGUUCAAAUCAACUAAUGAAGAAGCGUGUAAAAAAAUUAAAUCCUUUAUGACAGAUAAAGAUCUGCUGGAACGUGAUGUCUUGAAAACUGUCUUCCCAAUGGUUCCAACGUACAUAUGUAGCUUCCAUAGUAUAAAAAUUUUUGAAAGAGUUGUCAAAAAUCCGGAAAUGAAAUUAAAUAAUGAAGACAAGAUAGCAGUUAUGGAUAUUUUAAAAAAAUUGGUUUUUUCUUCAUCGAAGGACGAAUAUGAUGACUUAUAUUUAGAAUUAAAUUUAACGGCAACUCCUGAAUUUAUGACAUAUUUUAAUAUUAACUGGCACAACAUUCGCGAGGAGUGGUCUAUGUACAGUGUACUGCAAAAUAGCCUUGGAAACACUAGCAAUAACCGACUCGAAUCAUUAAAUGGUAAGAUGAAACAAGUUAUUAAAAAGAAUUCACCGCUAUUGAUAAUGAUAAAAGACUUUUUUCUGUGGUAUGGUAGUCACAAGACCGGGAGUCUUCUUAGAACUGCUGCUCAGUUUUUAAAAAAAAAAAAUUUGCAAUUUGAUGCCGAUGAUUCCGAGAAAAAGUACAUGGAAACCUUGACCGAAUUUGCAAGUAUUAAAGUCUUAAAAGAAAUGAAGCUUAGUAAAAGAAUUGUUUGCUCCAACGCUGAUCAAAUUGACGAAAAGACAUGUCACGUUGAUAACUUCGAAGCAUCUAUUACCAAGUGUCAAUGUUUAACAUACAUUUCGUAUCAGUUGCCGUGCCGACACAUUUUUGCAGUUAGAAAUUAUUUUCAACUAGUUUUGUUUGAUAAAUGUUUAGUUAACGAGCGUUGGAGUAAGAACAAGUUGCUCGGUCCAGUUAAUUCAUCAUCUCUGUCACCUAAAAAUACUACUAACAAGUCAUCAUCACUUUCUGUAAAAAUUAAAAAACGGAAAAGAACUCAAACUGUAAGUCAAAAAAGGAAAGAAGUAUCCGCCAAAUUUUCUAAACUGACAAAUAUUAUAAGCAUUUUAUGUGGUUCAGAAUAUUGUUGGAAUUUAAAAUUAGUCGAUGUUUUAAUCGAAAAAAUAUCCAACCAUCAUAAAGUAAAAGUUGUAGACGUCCAUUCAGACAAAGAAGAUAUAGAAACUAGUUUUCAAAAUUUAUCUAUUGAACCAACCGGAAGUGAUAAAUAUUUAAAUAAAAUAAGAACUCCCUCAAGAGUUAAAGUACGUGGACGUCCAAGCGGAUAUUUGGACACAACAAAAUGCAUCAAAAAAAAAACUUAA